CGGAUAUGGUUGGUCCGCCAUAAUCGUGUGGGUCUGUGCUUGUGUGGUUGGGGUGUAUUGCCGGUGCCAACCAUUAUUUUUAAUUAGUAGUAAGUUAUGCGUAUGAAUCCAGACAUGGACGAUGAUGAGAAGGGAAAACUGUUCGUGGGCGGGCUAUCAUGGGAGACGUCGCAGGAGAACUUGCAGCGCUACUUCUCGCGCUACGGCGACGUGAUCGACUGCGUCGUGAUGAAGAACAGCGAGUCGGGCCGCUCCCGGGGCUUCGGCUUCGUCACCUUCGCGGAACCGUCGCUUGUCAAUGUAGUGCUGCAGAACGGGCCUCACCAGUUGGACGGCAGAACCAUCGACCCGAAGCCGUGCAACCCUCGCACCCUGCAGAAGCCGAAGCGCGGCGGCGGCUACCCCAAGGUGUUCCUCGGCGGCCUGCCCUCCAACAUCACGGAGACCGACCUGCGCGUGUUCUUCGGCCGCUACGGCAAGGUCAUGGAGGUCGUCAUCAUGUACGACCAGGAGAAGAAGAAGUCCAGAGGCUUCGGAUUCCUGUCGUUCGAGGAGGAGAUGUCCGUUGAGAGGGUCACCCAGGAGCACUUCAUCAACCUCAACGGGAAACAGGUGGAGAUCAAGCGCGCGGAGCCGCGCGACGGGUCGGGCAAGCUGGGCUCGGGCGGCAUGGGCGGCGGCAUGAGCGCGCCCGGCGACGCGCCCGCCGGCCAGUGGGGGCCGCCCGCCGCCGCGCCCAUCAACAUGAUCCAGGGCCACAACGGCCAGAUGGGCGGCCCGCCCAUCAACAUGCCCAUGGCCGGGCCCAACAUCAUGCAGGGGUACCAGGGCUGGGGCACGUCGCCGGGCCAGACGUCGUACGCGGGCUACGGCGCGGCGGGCGGCGCGGCCGGCCCCGGCUCCUACCAGGGCUGGGGCGCGCCGCCGCAGCAGGCCCCGCCCCACGCGCCCGCCUGGCCCGCCAACAACAACUACUCCCAGCACACGCAGCCGCCCGCGCAGGGCUACGGCAGCUACGGCUCGUACGUGCCGCUGUCGGAGGGCGGCGAGAUGUACGGGCGCUCGGGCGGCGGCGCCGCGCCCGCGCUCGCCGGCGCGCUGUCCUCCGCCGCCGCGCUCUCCAAGUCCUCCUCCGCCGACUACUCCUCCUACCAGCAGUACCCGCCCGCCUACCAGCAGGACCAGGGCUCGUCGUACGGCGGCGCGGCGCGCGCCUACAGCUCCGAGUACCACGCGCCGCCCGCGCAGCAGCCAGAGGGCGACGGCGUCGGCAGCUCGGCCGGCAGCCCCAAGUUCAUGGCCGGGCCGCUGAGCGACUGCGCGCCGCCCCAGGUGCCCAUGAUAUACUGUGGUGCCAUGGUGUCCCCCCAACAGUCGUUUUGUAACGUCUCCGACAUCUCUGCGUCCGCCUCAGGUGAGGACUACGAGUAUACUGGCGGGUCGGGGGACGGCUGCCCGCGCUCGGCCAAGCGCGGCUACCACGGCGCCGGCUCGGGCUCCGCCGCCGCCUCGUACCAUCCCUAUCGGCGUUAACGAGUGACCCCCGCAUCGAGUGCUGGUAUACAAUCAACUGACAACUGCUUGCGAAACUUCCUUUACCAUUCUUACUCUUUAGGUCGAGUUUGCACUAGAGAAGUGCGAGGAUGCGUCGCGUGGGAUGCGUUUAGAACCUAUAGAAUCACUCCAUUCUCAGCGCAGCUCUAGUGGUCAAUAUUCUAUUGAUUCUUACCAAAUAUCCCCGCACAGCUUGCACGGCUCUGGUGAGAACGCAUCCUUGAGCACUUAUUACAUCUACACGUUGGGCACUUGCGAAAGGGAGCCGGUAUCUAUGGAUGUCCGAUGACCGGGCUGAGUUUUCCGUUUCACAAAAUAUCAGAACAUCGUUAGCAAUGUUUGAAACAUUUAAACUUAACUAGAAAUGUCGAUUGUGGAAGUAAUUUAUAUUUAUUUUUAAGUAUAUUGGUAACGGAGUCCUAAUAUUACCUGGAUCGGAAAACUGCUGUUAUUGCUAACUAUAAGGUGGUAGCACCCGUUGACUCCCCCCCCCCCUCCUUUCGCAAGGGCUCAGUAAUUAGCUUAGACUGGGGUUAAGGUAAGGGCCAUGGCCAGACCUCUUUAUUUUUCUCGGUUUGUAGUCUGGAGACCCCUACUUAAAACCACUAGUUCCAAAAUUAAGUUCAACAAGACGUUUUUUUUUUUGCAUCAAUUGAUUAAGUAUUUUUUUCUGGACAAAUUGAUAUUUACGUCAUGUUUAACUGUUAUAUUGUCCAUAGAAAUGUAAACGGUUAUUUCAAAUCUUCAUCUGUAUUCAUCAGCAUGCAGUUUACAGUAUCUAAUUGUCAGGCAGUUGUCAAUUUACUGAACUUGUAAAAUAUUAUUGUACCUUACUUUCAAUGAAGGCAAUCAUUGUGUUUGUAAAUGUUGUUUAAAUGGGCUGAAGUAUAUAAGGAGGUUCAAUACAAACUAAAUUAUUUUGACGAUUCUGUCUGUUGAUGAAGAUGUACCUAAUGUUCCGUGCUGACCCCAUAUAUUUAAUGAAAUUGUGCAUAUGUUUAGAACGAAAACGCAAUUGAAGCCUGAUCUUAUAUACUUCUUGUCUCGUACUUUUAAGUUAGUUUAGUUUUUUUUGGACAUACAUUUGUGUAGCGUGGGUGGGAUGACUCGAUCCAGUGAAUGUUUAAACACAUACCGAAUCUUGUAUACUUUAGUAUUGUUAUAUAAAGAUAUUUCCUGUAAGCAGACACUAUUUUUGCGAUGUAUUUAAAGCAAUAGGGAGUUUGUGGGAUCAUCACUUGGUGACGUCACGGUUAAAUGUUUUGGGCGUUUAAUGUUGCCAAGAAAUGUUGAAUGAAUCGGUAUUUUUUCUAUACAUAUUACUUGUAGAUUUAAAAGUAACCAUAUCCAUGGUUUACAAAUUAUUUGUAAUUGUUGCAUCUAUCUGAAAUGCAUGUUCUAACGUAAGUAAAUCGCCUAAGAAUCGUGUCCAAUGGACUGGCCAAGCUAGGAAUGCAUUUAUUGAUAAAAAGACACAUCAUUAAUACCUAAUGUUCCAAGUUCCAAUGACAUGAAAUAUCUAUUACUUAUUCCGUUUUCCGAUGUCAUUUGGCGGACGACAAACAAAUGGUACCUAAGAUCGAUAAUUGGUGUCAAAUCAGAUGUGUCCUGUGACGAAGCACUGGGUUCCCUUGUGUAUUUCUUGUAUUUACAAUAAAAGUAAUAAGUAAUUAUAAGUUUUAUUUAAAAUCACUGGCAGUAGACUGGCGGGCUCGGGCCCGCGCUCCUCGACGACGGGUAUAAAUAACUAGACGAUAUUUUUUUAUAAUAAUCCUUUUAUUUUUGAAUCAUUUUAAACUACAUUUUAUACAACGCGCGUAGGUAGGCCUUGUGAAUAUAUUUAAAUACUGUACGAAUAAAUUUUAAAAACAUCGGUAAGCAUGUAAUUAAAAUUAAUGUUUAUAUUUAUAUCGAUGUAAUAUAAAAUAGAUUUAAUGUACAUUAUCAUAAAGUUCUUAAUUAAUUUAAUAGACUUCGGACACGUGAACAGGCAUAGAGAUUACUGAGAUUUAUAAUAUAGAAAUUACUAGAUAUACUUUAAUAUUAUGCACUAAUAAAAUGAAGAGGAUUAACACUUAGCAGCCAGGGUUACGUUACGUUAGAUUAGCACUUCUGGACCACGCCACGGAGUAGGUAGCACUUCUGGACCACGCCACGGAGUAGUUAGCACUUCUGGACCACGCCACGGAGUAGUUAGCCACCUACACUAAUUUUACACUUAAUUCUAAGUAUUCUAUUUUGGCUUAGAUUUUUUAUAAUUAUAAAAACAUGUUCUUGCAAUAGAGUAAUAGAAUACGAAAAUUCUUAUGUAUAAUCUGAAUAAAUUAUGUAAAGAGAA